UAUUUAAAAAAAAAUCUUUAUAAUUUUAAAAGUUAACAUCGACAAAUAUUUAAAUUAUUAACAUGUCGAGGUAUAGUAUUACAACAUUAAAUUAUAUCUAUUUAUAUUAUACUAUCUAUAAAUUCAAUGGAUUAUAUGUUGUUUAAAUCCAAUUAUUUAUAGCCCAAUAAAAAUUUCUGGUAGACCCAAAAUUUAAAUGAUAAGAUUAGAGAUUAAAUGUAAGAUGACUUUCUAAGAAUAUGUCAAUUAGAUCCAUUUUAAAAAAAAAAUCACACAUGAAUCAAGAUUGUGACUUCUGUUUUUUAAUUUAUAAAAUACAUAAUUUGUUAAAUAACAAUUUUGUUCAAGAAAGUAACAAUAUUAUGCAAAUAAAUCAAAAUAUAUGUAGGACAGGUCGAAGAAAAAACUUCAAAAAAUAAAUGUUCUAAGACCCUUUAAAAUUACGAAAUUAUUAGUUCUAAAGCCAAAGUAAAAUUUAAUUAGUAUAUUCUGGACAAUUAUUUUACAUUAAAUAUAAAUAAGAAAGAUAAAAAAAUAUUCAGACCAUAUCUAAAAUUUAAUUUAUUAGUUUUGCUCAUUAUGUUAUACAUAACUUUUAAUAAUAAAAAUAGUAAGUUCUUUUUUUUUUGAAACAUCUAAAAAACAAGUUUUUAUUAUUAUAAAUUUCGUUAGACAAAAUACUGAAAAUAAUUCUAAAAUUGUCUAACGGCAUAUAUUUUAUAACAUAUAUAUAAAUAUAUAAAAUAUAAAUACAAAACAUAUAACAAAAAUUAUAAAAAAAAUUUCGGGCGUAGUCCGGACUUAGUAUCUUUAUAUAUAAAAGACAGUUUAAUCUCUUCUUAGGCCAUCCACGUUCACUUCCUCUCGCGUCGACACGUGUCACUGACGACGAGGUGCUGCGUUUCAUUAAACUGAACAUGUUAUCUUCUGGGCCUCGCUCGAUCUUUCUGUGAUGGGCCUUUACACUCACAGCCCGAACGAUGUCACGACGUCUCCAACCCUAAGACACAUUACUCUCGCGUAACCCUUUUCUGCGCCGGCGACGCGUGACGUCUUCGAUUCCUUCCUCUUCGAUGAAACGGCCGGAGUUAUGUCGUCGUCUUUAUUCCAAUUGCAUUCAAUCCCUCGCUCAUUCAAUCCCUCCCUCAGACUCUUCGAUGCGCCAUUUGAACCCGAGCAGAUCUGUAUAAAUAUGUAAGUAUCUAUAGAUCUCCAGCGCAUCAUCUCUUUCUUUCUCUUGAGACUUUCUGAUUCCUGUUGCUAUGUCUAUUUCGAGAGUCUUCUUCUCUGACCUGAAGUCCGGCAAAUGCUCCUCCGUCGUCGAGGCCCGGCUUCUACGGUUCUGGGAGGCGAGGAACGUCAAACGCGGUGGCGAGCUGAUGUGGGUCGAUAUGCUACUUAUGGACGUGAAUUCGACUUUGAUCCAAGCUACUAUCAACGCGAAUCGGCUUCCAAGGUUCCGAGAUAGGCUCGCCGCCGGGACGAUGUACUCUGUUUCUGGCUUUGACGUGGCUCGCUGUGCUCAGAACUUCAAGCUUGUGGACUCUUCUUUGAUGAUCCGGUUUAACGAUUCCACCGAGUUUGACGUGUUAUCUGAUCCGGUCUCGCCAAUACCGGCAGAGGGAUUCCGGUUCCGUAACCAGACCGAGUUGGUUGGUUUAGCCAAUACAAACACUCAGCUUCCAGAUAUUAUUGGUGAAAUCGUGGCGGUGAAGAGCACCGUGUCUGACCCUCCGGAGGAUAAGAACCGUGUCAUGGUCACCGUCAAAUUAGAAAAUGAUGUGUCUGUCACUCUUAGUCUGUUUGACGCUCAAGCCGUUUUAUUCCACCAGAAGCUUGGAGGCAUGCGUGAUGAUCCUAAAGUGAUUGUUGCCACAAGCAUAAACCCGAAGAUGGUUGGAGGUCGUUUAUUCCUCAACGCAACGUCAGGAACACAUGUUUAUUAUGAUAAGGAGACACAUGCAGGAGAGUCUUUAUUUUACCGAUUGGUGGCUAGAGACACUGGUCUUCCGUCUGCCGCACCUCUCUUGAAGUCUUAUGCGAAGGUUGAGACUGUGACAAUUGCAGAGCUUAACCAUUUUAUCACUACGGAUUCGCCACAGGAAAUAGAUUUCUUAUGCACUGCGAGAGUUUCUCGGGUUGAAUCGGACAAAGGGUGGUGCUAUGUUGCGUGUUCUAAGUGCAGCAAGAAAUUGCAACGCACUGUCACUUCUUUCGAAUGUGCACGCUGUAAUAACCCUCAUGCGGUCGGAUCUUUACGUUAUCGCGUUGAGAUGGUUGUAACUGAUGAUACUGCUGAAGGGACAUUUGUUUGCUUUGAUGGUGUUAUGACGAAGUUGCAUAAUCUCCGGGCAAGUGAGGCGGUCCAGUUACUGGCUGAAGAAGGAGUGAACCCUGAGGAUUCCGUGAUGCCUCCGUUCGUUGCAGGAAUGGAACGCAAGACCUACACUUUCCAAGUCCGUGUCACGCCCUACAACUUCACCGUCAACCACCAGACGUUCACCGUGUCGCGUAUCAUCAAUGAGGUUGAGCGUGCACCAGCUCCAGAAUUUGUCGAUGAUGAAGGUGAUGACAAUGAUGAUGAUGAUGCGCCAGACGGGCCUAACAACCGUGUGGAGUCUGGUUCCGGCAAGGGCAAUUGUGAGACAUCAAAGAGAGCUGGAAAGGAGCCAGUCGGUAAUGUGCGUAAGAGGGCGCGUAUUGCUUAAGAUGGAUCUUCGAUAAUCAUCUCUCGAUAUUCUGCAGCUUAAUAAUGUUUCUGCAUUCUACUUUAUUGUCAUCUUUUUUCUAUCUAUGUUAUGGAUUUUCUACAUUCCAGUUGUUUUUUUUUUCAAACUCUCUACUUUAUGGUUGUUAUGAAUGCUUUUUAUAUUGAGUUGACAUAAGUUUAAAAAAGGAACAAGUUGAUGCUUUA